UUUACAGGCGCUGCAUCCAAGUGGUCUGCCGAAGCCUCCCUCCACUGCUUGUCUGGGAUUUUUCCUGCAGACACAGAUUCAGUCAUGUCGAAGUCAAAGGACACGGGCUCUUCCAUCAUCCACACCCAGCAGCUGCAUGCUGCCAUGGCGGACACCUUCAUUGAGCACAUGUGCCUGCUGGACAUUGACUCUGAACCUGCUGUGUCUCGCAACACCGGCAUCAUCUGCACAAUCGGACCUGCCUCCCGAUCUGUGGAAAUGGCCAAGGAAAUGAUCAAAGCCGGGAUGAACAUUGCAAGAAUGAACUUCUCUCAUGGCACACAUGAAUACCAUGCUGAGACCAUUAAGAAUAUCCGUGAGGCAGCUGAGAGCUUCGGGCCAGGAAGCCUUGACUACAGACCAGUGGCCAUCGCUCUGGACACCAAGGGACCAGAAAUCAGGACCGGACUUAUCAAGGGCAGUGGCACUGCUGAGGUUGAGCUCAAGAAGGGUGAUACCAUCAAGAUCACACUCGAUGAUCAGUACAUGGACAAAUGUGAUGAGAAAGUUCUGUGGCUCGACUACAAGAACAUCACCAAUGUUGUGAAGACCGGAAGCCACGUCUACAUUGACGAUGGUCUGAUUUCCCUUUUGGUCAAAGAAGUUGGCAACAACUACCUGAUGUGUGAGAUUGAGAAUGGUGGUAUGCUGGGCAGCAAGAAGGGUGUCAACCUGCCUGGAGCUGCUGUCGAUCUGCCCGCUGUGUCUGAGAAGGACAUUCAGGACCUGCAAUUUGGCGUGGAGCAGGGUGUUGACAUGGUCUUUGCCUCCUUCAUCCGUAAGGCUGCUGACGUUCAGGCUGUCAGGAAAGUGCUGGGUGAGAAAGGCAAGGACAUCAAGAUCAUCAGCAAGCUGGAGAACCACGAGGGUGUGCGCAGAUUUGAUGAGAUCCUGGAGGCUAGUGACGGCAUCAUGGUUGCCCGUGGAGACCUGGGCAUUGAAAUCCCAACAGAGAAGGUCUUCAUCGCCCAGAAGAUGAUGACUGGCAGGUGCAACAGGGUCGGCAAGCCCAUCACCUGUGCCACCCAGAUGCUGGAGAGCAUGACCAAGAAACCUCGCCCUACUCGCGCUGAGGCCAGUGAUGUUGCCAACGCCGUGCUGGAUGGCAAUGACUGCAUCAUGCUGAGUGGUGAGACUGCCAAGGGAGACUAUCCCCUGGAGGCCGUGCGCACACAGCACAGGAUUGCCCGUGAAGCCGAAGCAGCCAUGUUCCACAGGCAGAUGUUCGAGGAGCUGCGUCGCACCUCUCAUUUGACCCGUGACCCCACAGAGACCGUUGCUAUCGGUACCGUUGAGGCUUCCUUCAAGUGCUGCGCAAGCGCCAUCAUUGUGCUCACCAGGACUGGCAGGUCUGCUCACAUGCUGGCAAGGUACAGGCCCCGUGCCCCCAUCAUUGCUGUGACUCGCUGUGGCCAGGCCGCCCGCCAGGCCCACCUGUACCGCGGUAUCUACCCUGUGCUUUACACCAAGCCUGCAAAUGACGUCUGGGCAGAGGAUGUUGACCUGCGCGUGAACUUUGCCCUUGAAGUUGGCAAGCACCGCAAAUUCUUCAAGCCUGGUGAUGUAGUCAUUGUUGUGACUGGCUGGCGCCCCGGGUCCGGUUACACCAACACUAUGAGAAUUGUGCUAGUGCCUUGAACUUCAUCAAAGGACAUUAGUAACCGCACCCUCUCCCCUCUCCUGUAACCUGCCGCACCCCCUGGGUCUUCUCUUUUCUGUUGGUCUUCAUAACCAACAGAAAGUCAAAACCAGGCCACUCCUUCAAAGGACUUUUGAUGGUGUUGUUCACAGACCGUAACUCCCAGUUUCCUUUCAUCCAAAUGUUUUAUUUAUUGUCUGAAUCCUGCUGUCAGAGACUUAACUCAAAACCUUUUAGUGGAAACUCUU